AUGGACCUUUCCAGCAAGAUUGAUAUGAGUCUGGAUGACAUUAUCAAGUCGAACAGGAAGAACAAGCAAGCUACUGGCAACGCCUCGAGGAAGACGUCGGUGCGUGGACGCCCUGGUCGUGUGUCUGCUUUGAAGUCACCGCUUCGGAAGAAAUCAGCUCUCAGGCCGAAUCUGGCUGUCACGAUGAAGUCUCGGCAGUCUACUACGGCUCUCGCCAUCUUCAAGAAGGCACAACGUACAGCAGCCGCUGCUGCCAAGAUUGCUGCAAGUGCUGCUGCCAUUCUAUCUACGAAACAAUCACAGAGACGGCCCCCAUAUACUGGCGUUAACAACACGUCGCGUCGCGGUAUCAACCGAGGCGGUGCGCAACAUUCAGAUUACUACUACAAACUGUCGCAGCGGGCUCAGAGUGCACAAUCUCGACGAAAUCAAGAGUAUCUUGCUCAGGCGCGCGCGCUUAUUCAGGCUCAGGAGGAAAUAAGAAGGCAGCCGGUCUACGUCGAUGCCUCGCUCCCGCGUGCUGCCAAUUUCCGCGGUCGUCGUCGCCGAUAG